AUGACGCAUCAUCCAUGGUGCCUGGUGGUGCCGAUAGUGAUGGUUCUGCUUGCGCCUGUCUGCCAAGGCGAUCUUGAACAGGACCGCGAGGCUCUCCUCACGCUGUACAACGCGACUGGCGGUUCAGAGUGGACAGAUAACGACGGUUGGGCCACGAACAGCAGUGACAUGAGCUCCUGGUACGGGCUCUCCAUCAACGAGACCGGGUCGUAUGUCUCGAGGGUCUCGCUGGGAAAGAACAACCUGCAAGGUGACCUUCCGCCAGAAAUCGGCAACCUGACCGCGGUGGAAGACAUGUACCUGGGAAUCAAUUCUCUCACAGGUCCCAUCCCUCCCGAGCUGGGGAAGCUGCAGAAUCUGGAGGUCCUUGACCUGAACACGAACUUCUUAACCGGUUCUAUCCCCAAGGAGUUGGGCGACCUGGCGGUCCUCGAGGAGUUGUAUCUCUUCGGCAACGACCUCGACGGCGAGAUACCUCCGCAGCUCGGGAAUCUGGAGCAGAUGGAGAAUCUCCUGCUUCACGACAACCGUCUCACAGGGGAAAUCCCUACCUCCCUGGGUAACCUUACAUGGAUGACAGCCCUUAACUUGGCGGACAACCGUCUCAGCGGAGAAAUCCCAGAGGAGAUCGGCCAGCUGGUUGUCCGUGGAAGCCUCUCUUGGGUUCUUUGGCUCCAGAACAACUACUUCUCAGUGAUAGCGGCGAUCACGGGGGGGGUGGUCGGGGGCGUGGCGAUCCUAGCCGGGGUGCUCAUCUUCUGCUGCAUGCGCAGGAGGAAGCUCAGGAAGGACGUCAGCCGUGGUGCGUCGGCGCCUAGCGAGCACGACGUCCGGCCGGCGUCGUCGUCGGCUGCUGCGGGGAAGGUAUUCUUGCCUCUGUCCGGCGCGCUCAGCGACACCUACGGAGACGAAGAGCAAGCUUCUUACUCGUGGACGAGAGGGAAAACCGACAUGAAUGGGGACGGCGGAGGCGGCUCUUCCUCGUCACCAGGACCGCUCUUGACGACAGAGGCUACCGCACGCCUACGCGCGUCCGCCUCCUCCUUCUCAGCCCUCAAGAGCAUCAACACCGAUGAUGACAACGCCGAUCCUUUGCCACCGGCGUCCGCUACGACCACCGCCGCCAAGGCAAACAACGGCCUCUCCUUGGCCGAGUCUACAGCACAACAGUCUGCCUCGGGUACUGUUGCGGAGGGGGUCGGCACGACCGUGCUAGAUAUUGCCACAGCGGCCUUGGCGGGCGCGGAGGCGUUGGCGCAGCAGUCGUUCUUCCCGGGGGUGAGGGAGGCGGCUUCCGUUGUGGCCGGGCUGGUGGGACUCGCGUCGGAUCACAAAAAUAACGGCAAGGAGUCGGAGAAAAGGGCAAGGUGGUGCCGAUCUAUCGUGCAUACGCUGGAGCGAGCCGCGGAGGUGCUGGGAAAGGAGGCGAAGGCAGGAAAGGGAGACAGUCAGGCUGUACAUGUUCUCCUCGACGACGUCCAGGACUCCAUCGCCGACUUGCUGCAGAUCAUCGAGUCCUACAAGAGCAAGAACGCCCUGUCCAAGGUAUUCGUGUCCACUCUGUGCAAGAAACGCCAGGAGGAGGCGGAGGUCGCCAUUAACGCUGCCGUGCAGCGGCUUCAGCUCGGUCUGCAAGUCCGCGUGGGUCAGAACCUGGCGUCCGUGGGAGAGGCAGUACAGGAAGGCCUCGACUUACACCGACGUGCUUCUCAGGAGUCGGAGAUGGUGACGAAGAAGAAACGCAGGCAGCAUCGCCUGGAUCAGCUGGAAAUCCCCGCGUCGGACGUGGAAGUCACGAACGAAGUGCUGGGCAGGGGUGGAUUCGGCACGGUUUAUCUGGCCGACCUACAUGGCCUCAACGCCGCGGCCAAGGUGGUGUCGCGGGAACACCAGCGGCAGCGGAGGAUGUUCAUGCGCGAGCUCGAGGCCAUGAAGCGCCUGAGGGGACCUCACACGGUCACGAUCUACGGUGCCGUGACCAGCCUUCCUGAUCGCCUCGUCCUGGUAAUGGAGCUCCUGCAGGGCGGAGAUCUACGCCAUCGCCUGAAGAAGGCGAAAGAGCCGCUGGAAGAGAAGGUGUUGAGGAAGAUCGUGAGGGACGUUUGCUGCGGGAUGGCCUUCUUGCACGCCAAGGCGACCGUCCACGGCGACUUGAAGUCGGCGAACGUUCUGUUCGACGCCACGGGGAGGGCCAAGAUUGCCGACUUCGGAACGUCGCUUUGGACGCAGCAUUCGACGCGCCUGGCGACGUAUACGACCAAGCCGAGGGAAAUGGUCGGAAUGAGUCUCCCAUGGGCUGCCCCUGAGGUUUUGAACAGACGAGGUUCCAGCUUCGAGGGCGAUGUGUACAGCUUUGGCGUGGUGGUGUGGGAGUGCCUGUCCCGCGAGGUUCCGUGGAAGGGGGUCGCCGGGGUGGACAAGCUUGUGCUGGCCGUAACUGCCGGAGAAAGACCACCCAUCCCCGAAAACGCCCCCCACGACAUCGCUGCCCUGGCAGAAGCAUGCUGGGUUCAUGAUCCGGCCGCUCGGCCCACGUUCAAGAAGAACGUCCGGAAGAUACCCAUUCGCCGUUCACUGGAUGUGGCCGUCGGUAUUAGAGCGGUCAUGGGCAUCAUGUCACUUGGAGCGAUGGAGGUAGCUUAG